AUGGGCGCGCGGAGCACGGGAGGACGCCGGCCGGCGGUACCCUGGCCUACCGGGAGGGAGGGACGGGGGCGCCCGCGAGCCGGCCCCUCCCCGGCCGGUCGCCUUGGAAACCGCCUCCCUCCCCUCGGGGGGCCUCCGGCUCCCGGUCCUUCCCGGGCUCGCUGGGGAGCGCGCAUCCUGCCUCGUUGGCUGCACCUGGCCGCUGGCGGGGCGUCGGCUUUGCCUCCUCUGCUUCUGGUCCUCGGAUCCGGGUUAGACAGGAGGAAAAUCUCCCUCAGAAACAAAGAUGGCUGGAGGACCAGCGGGGAGGAGGGAGGGCCUCCCGGAGUCCCCUUUCAGCCCCGGUGGCCGGCGCAGCCCCUCCGCGGGCUUCGGUCUCCCCGCGGCCCAGGCCGACGGCGGACGGUGGAGCCGAGGGUGGUUUCAGCGUGUCCGAAAGAGUGCUGUGAGGCAGGCUGCCGCAGAGCAGCCGCCGAGGCUGGAAAGUGGCGAGUAACGCAUUCGAUUUUAUCCGCCUUAGAAGAAAGCGCAGGAGCCAGUCCCCCGAAGCGGAAGGGGAGGAAGGGGCCUUUUGUCUCACACCGCCUGAGAGGGGAGAAUUCCCAGAGAGAGGAAUGCAAAUGCUCUGCGGCUCCGGGUCCAUUUGUGCUGCUGCCGUCCUCGCCGUGUCCUGCCUGGCUUGCUGUUGUCAACCUGAUGCAAGCUGGAGUUAUACGUGACGAGGAACCGCAAGGCUGGAGAGAUGGCUCAGCAGUUAAGAGCACUGGCUGCUUGUCCAGAGGACCUGAGCUCAACUCCCAGCAACCACAUGGUGGCUCACAAGCAUCUAUAAUGAGGUCUGGCGCCCUCUUCUGUCAUGCAGGGUCACACAGUGCACCCUGGCUGGUCUGGAACUGGAAGACAUCCACCGGCCUUGGCCUCCCUAGUGUUCGGAUUAAAGCUGUGCACCACCAAGCUCAGCCUUCAUGUCUUUAACAUACUGGGUUAAAACAUAAUUUCUCUGAAAGGAAUGGCAGUGCAUGCCUGUAAUCCUAGUACCUGGAAGGAAAAGACAAGAGAAUCAGAAAUUUGAAGCCAUCUUGAUGGCUUUAAAGAAUGAAUUCUUGGUCAGGCUGAGGUGCAUGCAGCCUUGUCUCUCUCACACAGAACCUGCACACGUUUUUCUUGAUUGAGGAUUUUGCCCCUUAAAUUUUCCACUUAAGACAGCUAUCUCAUUUGCCAUAAUCUAGUUCUGACCCCAUCCCAGUCAUGCUUUUCACAUCCAUCUGGCUCUACAGAUCGACCACUGGGGUCUAGAAGAGAUGGCCAAGGCUUGCCUAUCUUUGUACCUCUGUGCACCUAUCCUUCUCACAGAGGCCAGCACCAGCAGACCCCUUGUGUUUAGAGGCCAGAUACUGUGCUGCCCACCCAUCAUCCCAGCACAUGAGGCGGAGGGUGCAGCUUUGUAACAGGGCCCUGAGACCUUAGCACAGCUGACGCCAUGAUGGAAGUGCCAUCCAGGCUGUAAAACUCAGCACGUAGACAGCACCACCAGCCACCACCAGAACAAAGGCCUAAUCCACCACAGCCCACAGUUCUGGGAAAGACUCUAAAUGUUCUAGCCUGGCUUCCUGUGUCUGUGCUCCUGCUUCUGGCUGAGUGCUCUCAUUGACUGAAGCUCGUCAACCAAGAACAGGCUUUUUGUGCUUGAAAGCUCAUCCUGAGAAAGACUCAGUGCUACGCUGGGAUCCCCAAUACCCAGGGUAGUCGCCGCCAGCUAAUAAAGACUUUCUGUUGGCUUAAACUGUGUCCGGGAGGGCUUCUCUGAUGGACACCCCACAACAGCUCCAGGCCAGCUUGAGCUACACACAAAAACCCUGUUUCAAGGCA